AACUGUUUUUCUUGGGAAGGAGAAGGCGGCGCACGCCCCCGGUCUCAUUUGUUGUUGUGGUAACGACCGUUGGAACUCUCUUUCCGGCUCUAUGAACUCUCGGCUCUAUGAACUCUCGGCUCUGAGAGGCUCCAGGUUUCUCCGCCAGAGCUCCUGUCGCUCUGUCACCUGCGCUGUGUUCCUCUCUAGUCGCAGGAGCCCUGGGGAAUAAAGUUGGGAGCUCAGGCAUGGACUCAAUGACCUUUGAGGAUGUGGCUGUGAACUUCACUCCAGAAGAGUGGGCUUUGCUGGAUCCUUCCCAAAAGAAUCUCUACCAAGAAGUGAUGCAAGAAACCUUAAGGAACCUGGCCUCUAUAGGGAAGAAAUGGAAAGACCAGAACGUUGAAAAUGAGUACAAAAAUCCCAGGAGCAACCAAAGAGGUCUUAUGGAAGAGAGACUAUUUGAAAGUGAAGGUCAUCAGCGUGGAGAAAUUUUGACCCAGGUUCUGGAUGACAUGCUGAAGAAGAAAACUGGAGUAGCAUCAUGUGAAAGGAAUGUGUGUGAGGCCUCUUCCCCUGCCGCCCCCGCACCUUUUUGAGACAGUCUCUGUCACCAGACAGUCUCUGUGCACCAGACUUAUUGCACAGUGGCGCAAUCUCAGCUCACUGCAACCUCCGACUCCCUGGUUCAAGCAAUUCUCCUGCCUCAGCCU